GGCUGUGCGGGGCCCCGCAGCAGAGCCGCAGCCGGAGCAAGCGAGCGAGAGCAGCAGUGCGGCGGCCGCCGCGGGAGCCCCUGGGCCGCCGUCCGCUCGCGCAGCCGCCGCUGCUGCCGCGGGAUCCUGUCACCGGGAGCAGGAGCGGGCGGAAGACAACGGAGGGGCCGAGCGCCCAAGCCGCGCCGCGGGGACCGAGCGAGCAGCCCGAGGCGGCGGCGGCCGAGGACGGAGACGGCGACGACGCGGAGGCGGAGAGGGAGCCGCCCGGCCCAGCCCCUAUGACCUGAAGUUUCUGAAAUGAGAGGUUCUAAUCAGCAUCACUGAGGCAGACCAAGUCAGUAUUAAAGAAGCAUAAAGAUUCUGUACUUGUAAACAGAUGAGAUCAAGUUUUUUUGGUCAGGAUGUGUGAUAUCCUAGGACACUGAGACAACUUGCACAUUACUGAGUAGCUGUCAGGGGUCUUUGAGGAGCUGUGAAGAGAGAGAGCUGUGCAGGAAGAGGAGAGAAGCUAAUGUACUGUUCUUCCAAAAGAGGAAAAGGUGGAAUCCACAAAUCAUAGACAGUGAACUUGAUGAUUGCUGGACAGAUUCCAGAAAGGGGCUGCAUCUGGCAAAUCAGUUGCAGAUACAGUGGCCCGCAUCCCUGUGCCUUGCCUUCUCAAGUAGGCAAGGAGGAACUAGAACUGGUACCAUCUUCCUGUAUGUGCACACAGCAAACAAACAACCUACUAAAUGGGAAAACAUUGGUGGAAUUCCCCUUGAAAUCAGAAAAUGAAACAAGCAUGCCAUACACCUUUGAUGUUUGAUAUUAUCCUGGCCAAUGCAAGAAUGCAUCAAAUAAAAGGUGAAGCAGGCAGAGCGCAGUGAGGCACCGGUCGCUGCCGCCAUGCCGUUCCCAUUUGGAAAAUCUCACAAAUCUCCUGCAGACAUCGUGAAGAACCUGAAGGAGAGCAUGGCCGUGCUGGAAAAGCAAGACAUCUCUGACAAAAAAGCGGAAAAGGCUACAGAAGAAGUUUCCAAAAAUCUGGUUGCCAUGAAAGAAAUUCUGUAUGGCACAAAUGAAAAGGAGCCACAGACAGAAGCGGUGGCACAGCUCGCUCAAGAACUGUAUAAUAGUGGGCUCCUUAGCACCCUAGUAGCUGAUUUACAGCUCAUUGACUUUGAGGGCAAGAAAGACGUGGCUCAGAUUUUCAACAAUAUUCUCAGAAGACAAAUUGGUACAAGAACUCCUACUGUUGAAUACAUCUGCACCCAACAGAAUAUUUUGUUCAUGUUAUUGAAAGGAUAUGAGUCUCCAGAAAUAGCUCUGAAUUGUGGAAUAAUGUUGAGAGAAUGCAUCAGACAUGAGCCACUUGCAAAAAUCAUUUUGUGGUCAGAACAGUUUUAUGAUUUCUUCAGAUAUGUCGAAAUGUCAACAUUUGAUAUAGCUUCAGAUGCAUUUGCCACAUUCAAGUUCUUCAGUGAAUAUGAGAAGUUACUUCAUUCAGAAAAUUAUGUGACAAAAAGACAGUCACUCAAGCUUCUCGGUGAGCUACUAUUAGACAGACACAACUUCACAAUUAUGACAAAAUACAUCAGUAAACCUGAGAACCUCAAGUUAAUGAUGAACCUUCUACGAGACAAAAGCCGUAACAUCCAGUUUGAGGCCUUCCACGUUUUUAAGGUGUUUGUAGCCAAUCCUAACAAGACGCAGCCCAUCCUAGACAUCCUCCUCAAGAACCAGACCAAACUUAUAGAGUUCCUCAGCAAGUUCCAGAAUGACAGGACCGAGGAUGAACAGUUUAACGAUGAGAAGACCUAUUUAGUUAAACAGAUCAGGGAUUUGAAGAGACCAGCUCAGCAAGAAGCCUAAUUUCCUGUAAACAUCUAAAAUAUUAAAUCCAAAUUCAGCAUUUGCUGUUAGCUAUUCAGCAUCAGGCACUGUUAUCAAUUCAUGAGGAACAUUACUGCUAAUCUGCUGUUAAGUGAACGGUUUUCAUUUUACCUUGUUUGUUUUUUUUAGUCCAAGUUGGAGAACGUAGCUGCUGCUUUCUUGCACACUAGAGCACACGUGGACUUUUUCUUGAUCUUUGUGUCAUUUCAGAAUUCAAAGACUCCGUUUGCUGUAGAAGUUCUGAACAUGGCUAGGUUCAUGAAGGCAAAUGCAUAGAUGAUAGUGUGUGUUAGGGGAAGAGGGCACUGAUAUUAUCAGAGCAGACCUGCUUGUUUGCAUUUAUCUUUGUUAAAGAUCUGGGUGUGGAUUCUUGGUAAGAUUAUAUGCCUUCACUAAUGGAAGACUGUGCAGAGCUUUAUUUGAAAUCAUAGGGGAACUAUAUCCAAGAUGUGAGCUUCUUGGGUGGAUAAAGUUGACACACGAAUAAAUUGAUACUGAAACUUAGCAGCUUCUCAAAAUUGUGAAGCUUCGUAAGGUCAUAAGGAAAAUGUAUAUAUGCUUUUCACAGCUUUCUAGAAUUUUUUGACAUUUGAUUUUCUUGAGACUUGUAAACCUGGAUAUGUUGAAGGGUAUUUGUUAAUUUUACUUUUUGAAGGUAUUUUAAAACAGUAGAGCUAGCAACGACACCUCGCAUUUCAUUUCAACAAUGCUUACAGUUUCCUUUUGUAUAUAAUUCUUAGAGUGCUCAUUUCUUUUAAAUGAUUUAAUUUGUACAGCAGAGGAAUGUUAUUGUAUUAGUAUGUAACUAUUACCUAAUAUUGAGUUUUUGCAAAAAAUGAAUGCUCAUAAUAUGUAAUUGAAAUACUUCAGAUCACCUGAAAAUGCUGAUUUAAGUAUCACAGCAUUAAAAGAAAAAGUAAACCAGUCCUUUGUAUUCAGUUAUCCAAUGGGGUGCCAUCAGUAGGCUACAAUACAGAUCUGGAACUCAGUCAGCUACACUUUCCUGCAUAAUAUUGGCCUUACUCAUUUAAAAUGAGUCAUGAGUUCUCCAGAUCCAUGAAUGAUACCGAUUAUGCUAAAUUAACGCCGAUUCUUUGUGUGUGUGGGAGACCUCUGUAGAGCACCUUUUCUUUCUUAAAGUAAUCCAGUACAAUAGUUGUGAAACUGAAUAAUUAAAACUUUGGCUUCUCUUAGGAAAAGAAGAGUUCCUAGUCAUAGGUGUCCUAUGGGGAAAUUUAUUUUUUUUAAUGUCCUGUUCCUUAAUGCUGCAAAUUAUCAGUAUUUAUAAAGUAACUGAUUUUGCACCACAUUUUUGUUACUGUGACCACGGCAGAACAACGUCUCCUAGAAUAUAUCUAUGUAAAGUUAUUAGAAUGGUAUCUGUUCAUCUUAGUGAUAUGAAGAUCACAACUAACAACUUACAAAUCAGAGUUUGUCAGUUCGAAUUCAGCAUGGCUGUAGCUGAUUAAGAAAUUUAUAUAAUUAUUCUUUGCUAGCCUCUCUUACUAAUUGAAUUAUUUAUCAGCCAGUAAAGUGAGACUCCCAAUUGAUGUUUCAGCGGCUUUAAGAUCUCCUUCUAGGAGCACCAGUUAGGAAAACAGCUCCAGAAAACAUAGAUAUAUUUUAUUCUGUUUAAUUGAAAUGGCAGUCUACACUUAUAAUUGGUUUUCCUGAGGCUGUCUUUACCAAAAUCUGUGUAAAAUAAUUCAUGUUUUUCUAUCGGAACUAGAGAAAGCAAUCCAAGCUCCUUGAAAUGAAAAUAUCCAAGAUGUUUAGGAAGGCAGACUUGGCUGCAAUGCAUCAUUCUGGUUCUUGUGGUCCAGUGCUGGGUAUCCGGAUUCCGUGUGCAAACAUUAAUUACACCAAGUGGAAGAAAGGUUUCCUUGCCAAGCUGGUUCUUAGAACUUGAAACAACAGCUUCCACUUUGGCAAUGCUGUCAUAGCACUAGAGCCUUUGUGUGGAAGACAGGGGUGCAGUGUGUCAAAGAAAACACUGAUGUAUUACUAUUGCAUUGGAAUCUGGGGAUAGUUAAGACUUUGGGGUUUUUGUUGUUAAAAUGUGAAAACAUUCAAAGUUGAAAAGUUGCAUUUGAAGUUAUGAUCAUCUAAUAUAUUCAUAUUACCAAAACUAUUAUACUGGAAGUGGUUUCUUUUUGUGUUAUAAAGGUUUCAUUUUACAUAAGUCAGUUACUCAAUGUGUGAUUUUUUUAACCCUUAAAAAAGGUGGAGAUGUAUACAAUUGUUAACAAUGCCAUGGAAGCAUUUCCUUUCUCUUGAGGAAAAGUAAAUUUCUUAUCAGAUUAUCUGGCUGGCCCUGUAAUUUAAAUUAAAAUAAAAUUUUGGAGAAACAGCA